AAAGAUCACGACUACCAAAAUUUCGCUACCAAGAAUACGGAUCGUCAGGACUGAGCAACGAUGCAGUCGGUCUUGGGUCUUUUGGCUUUAGUGGCGCUCUGUCAAGGUGUCCCAACGGCACUGCAUGGCGGAAGAAUCGUUAACGGAGACGAUGCCAAAGUUGGCGAAUUCCCGUUCCAAGUGUCGCUGCAGACCCGGUACGGUGAACACUUCUGUGGAGGCUCAAUCCUCAAUGAAUAUUACGUAGUAACUGCAGCCCACUGUGUCGUGGGGGAAAGAGCACGCGAUUUACAAGUAGUCGCUGGUACUCUCAAAUUGAAUGAGCCCCGGUCGAUCCACUACGUCGAUAAAUACUAUGUGCACGAGGCCUAUGCGCCACGACAUUCCUGGUCAAAUGAUAUUGCUCUCAUCAAAGUAUCAGUACCGUUCCGAUACUCCAGCACAGUUAAAUUUGUGCCACUGCCUGAAAAUCAUGCCAAAGUCAAAGUUGGCUCAGUUGCCGUGGUCUCCGGCUGGGGAACUUUGAUGUUGGAUGGUCCCACCCCUGACCGUCUUCAACGCACUGACGUAAUGAUCGUGUCUCAAGAGUAUUGCAACAAAACAAACUCGGAAAAAAGAUUGCCGGUUUACGAUAACCACGUUUGUGCCCUCAGCCCCGAUGUCAUAACUGGACCAUGUCACGGUGACUCUGGCGGACCUUUGACAGUCGAUGGCCAGCUCGUAGGUGUUACAUCGUGGGUCAUAACUUGUGCUUCAACAAAAUACCCAACUGUCUACACGAGAGUCUCCGAAUACGUCGACUGGUUGCAUGAGCACGCGGUCUAAGCCACGUUGGAACAUCAAAAUUUCAACGACCGGACCUCACGGUCUGUCGAACACGAGCGAGUGCUUUUUAUCGUUUUUACAGCAGAAACAUUUAUUUGUCUUCGGAUGAGUGCUACCAUUGUACCCGCAACAUCGAUUUGUACGAAUAAAUUUAUAU